UGAGAAUCUCCUCAUUUACUAUAUAGUUCCAUAUCAACCCCUCUUUCCCCAUAAACAUCCCAAAACUAUAUCUUUUUAUUCCCCAACGAAAACCCUGCAAUCAUCAAAAUGGCCACCAAACCCUUCGCUAUCAUCGCCGGCGUUGGCCCAGGCACUGGCGCCUCCAUCGCCCGCCGCUUCGCCAAAUCCUACCCCAUCGUAGUCCUAGCCCGCAACCCAGCAAACUACCAGCCGGUCGUGGACGAGAUCAACUCCGCUGGCGGCCAAGCCACCGGCAUCAGCGCCGAUCUCUCCGACACAACGGGUGUCCGCUCCGCCUUUGAGCAGAUCAAAUCGCAGUUCCAGGGUUCAUCGCUAGCAGCUGCCGUAUUCAACUCGGGCGGUGGAUUCGUGAGGAAGCCUUUCCUCGAGUUGACCGAGACGGACUUUGCUUCCGGCUUUGAGAGUCAGGGAAAAGGAGCAUUUAACUUCGCCCAGAAUGUCCUCCCACUCUUCCCUGCUGAGUCGCAAGGAGGGUUGAAAUACCCUCCUACUCUCAUUUUCACCGGCGCGACAGCCAGUCUUAAGGGCUCGGCGCAAUUCGCUUCCUUUGCGGCGGGCAAGUUCGCGCUGAGAGCGUUGGCGCAGUCGCUGGCGAGGGAGUUUGGACCGAAGGGUAUUCAUGUCUCGCAUGUUAUCAUUGAUGGGGUUAUUGAUAUCCCGAGGACGAAGGGGUGGGUGUUUGAGAAGGAGGAUGCUAAGUUGGAUCCUGAGGCUAUUGCCGACUCGUAUUGGCAUUUGCAUACGCAGCCUAGAACGACGUUUGGGUUUGAGUUGGAUUUGAGGCCCUAUGUGGAGAGGUGGUAAGGAGAAUAUUGGGGAAUACGGAGUGUGCAGUAGUUGGUGAUAGAUAGUAUUUCAAGUUAAUAAUGUAUAAGGAUGAAGUUGCAGAGGGUGG